ACCCAAGCGCCGUGUCCCUGCUGCUAGCCUGCUACUCCUUUUCUCCUAACCCUGAGACGUGCGUCCCUGGCUCUCUGCGCCGCCGCCCCAACGACCCAGCCCCCACUCCUCCAGGUACCUACUCUAGAUCUCUGAGUCGCCGAGCCUUGCAUCCGUGGCAGCUACCGGCCCUGCAUUCGCGCCACCGGCGCUGGCCCUCGACGACCAGCAUCAGCCACCGCCCCAGCCGUCGAACGGUCGUGCCUCGCCCAGCAUCCACGGCGCCACGAGCCCACGACGCCCGCCAGCAGCCACGACGUCCGCCAACAGCCAGCUAGCCACGACGUCCACUAGUAGAUCAAUGCCACCCCUGAGGCCCUUAGGUACUCAGUAGUCAGUGCUCAGUUAGAAGCCCCAUGCCAACUCCACAAGAAUGUAGCAGCCGUCGCAAUAGCGUAGGAGCAGCUCCUGCUGAUGCUGGUAGCUCUAGAGAUCCCACUCCAUCUAAUGCAGCAACCCAAGGGACAAGGAAUGAUAUUGUUGAAAUAGAUGAUGCUACACAGGUUGGGUGUAAGAGGAAGUUGAAGUCUAAAGUAUGGAAGGAUUUUGUUAGAGUUAGUGUAUCUGGUAAAUGGAAAGCUAAGUGCAAUGGGUGGAGCAAACUAUUGACAGCCAAAAGUAAAAAUGGUACCAGCCAUUUACAAAGCCACAUAAAUACAUGUUAGUCAUGACAAGCUAGAUAAGGCCUAAAAUAGUCCUCCUUGAAAUUUUCACAAAAUCCAGAUGAUAGUUUUUGUCUAGAGAAGUAUGCAUUUGAUCAAGAUGUUGCUAGGAAAGAACUUGCAUUAAUGAUAUGUGUGCAUGAUUACCCGCUGUCUAUGGUUGACCAUGUAGGCUUUAGAAAGUUUUGUGCUUCCCAGCAACUGUUGUUUAAAUUAGUGCCAAGAAACACCAUUAGAAAGGAUAUUCUGGAUAUGUAUGAAGUUCAAAAGCUCUCUAUGGUGACAAUGUUCCAACAACAACAAUCUCGUAUUGCGGUCACCAUAGAUAUGUGGACAACAAACCAUCAAAAGAAGCGUUACAUGGUAUUGACUGUACACUAUAUUGAUGAAAAUUGGAGUCUAAAAAGCUAUGUUUUAAGGUUUAUGUAUGUGCUACACCCACAUACAGCUGAAGUCAUAAGUGAUGUACUUCAUGAUGUACUCAUGGAUUGGGGGAUUGACAAAGGUGUCCACUGUAACUCUUGACAACUGUAGCACCAAUGACAAUGUUAUGAAGGAAAUGCAAUAUAAGGUACCUCUUUCCUUCCUCAUGUUGCAUAGCAAAUUGUUGCAUAUGUGUUGUGCUGCUCACAUCAUUAAUCUUAUUGUCAAAGAUGGUAUGAGUAUAAAGGAUGCAUUAGGAGUAAAAGUCAUGGAAGUGGGAAUUGGUAGGAUUCGAGACACAGUUGGGUUUUGGUCAUCUACACCAAAAAGGCAUGAACAAUUUGAAAAGGUUGUUGGUCAAGAGGGCAUUAAGUAUGACAAAAGAAUAGCACUUGAUGUUAAAACUAGAUGGAAUUCCACAUAUCUAAUGCUUAGCACUGCAAUGCUUUAUACUCUAGUUUUUGAUCGCCUAGCAAAAAAGGAAAAAUUGUGUGCCCCUUUUCAACCAACAGAAGAAGAUUGGAAUUUUGCUAGGCAUCUUUGUGAUAGGUUGAGGUUGUUUUAUGAUAUUACAAAACUGUUGUCUGGGACUUCUUAUAUAUGUGACAACCAACUUUUUUCCACAAAAAUAUGUGGAAUUUAUUUAGCUAUUAAGAAAUGGCGAUCUAGUGAUAACCCAACCAUAGAAGACAUGUUAACAGCCUUGAAAGAUAAAUAUUUGAAAUAUUGGACAGAUGUUCAUGGUCUUAUGGCUGUUGCCACGGUUCUAGAUCCUUGGUUUAAAAUGAAGUUCUUAUGUGCUAUGUUUACUGAAAUUUAUGGACAUGAGAAUGUGGGUAGAGAAACUACAAAAGUUAAGGAUCUGUCGGUGUUGGUCACUUGUUCUCAUGUGUUGUGAGUCAAGAACAAGGCAACACAAUUAUUAAUCGUUAAGGACUUUCGUCCCCCGAAGCAUUAUCUCCUUAUGGGUAUAAUGCUUCUCGGACGAAGGCCAAGAAGGACAUACCUUCAUCAUAUCAAUACAUGGAUGGGAAUGCGAAGGAAUGAAUAUGAUAGUCAUAUCUUAAUAAUUCAUUUAUUCUUUCGUUCCAUAAAACAUAUAUGAACAUCAACAAUGUUAAUAUUACAUUGAUACAUUCGGUUUGCUUGAAGGCGGGGAUGAGAGAGAGUGAAUACAAUUCAGCAUGAACAGUACUGGGGUACUGUUCAUCUAUUUAUAGGCACGGGACGCAGCCCGGGUAAAAUUACAUUCAUGUCCUUGAACAUUAGUUUACAAGCAAUUUAAACUAAGAAGGUCUAACUAGUCCUUUUUUCUUCUUUGCUUGGUCUGAACCGAAGAUACCGGGCUUCGGCAUUCCGCAUUGUUACUUCUAUGCAGGAUCUUCGUCUUGAGGACCUUCGGCAGAGUAGAAGACACCCAAUAGUAGCCCCUUCACGGUGCUAGACCGUUCUUUUCAUAACGAGUUCGAUCUGCGAAAAGCACAAAGGAUUCGGAAUGUCGAAGGUCCGAAAAACACCUUCCCUGAGCUCGUUAUCAAAGAACGAUUAAAAUAUUCCGAGCGCUGAGCGGUCUACUGCUCAACUGGUGUGGGUGGUCUAGCGGUUUGCCUUCUUCCCCUACAGCACUAUAUAAGCAAACAAGUUGGUGAGAGUUACCACAACAUUCAUUGCCAUUGCACUAUUGUGCUGUUAAAAAUUUUAACCAAAGUCGAAGCUUUUUGGUUUGCUCUUUCCAAACACACUCUUCGUCAUUCGAAGUAAACUUCGUUUUAAGGGAUCGUGAUACUUGAAAUGGCCCGAGUGAGAUCCACUGCUAGGGUGUCCCAUGAGGGAGAUGAUGCUGAAAUGACAGAGAUGGCGCCAAUAUCAGAAAUGAUGAGGCGAUCGGGUUUACUGGUGCUAGAAGAGGCCGUUGCCGAAGAUGACACUGUCGAAGCUGAGCAAACUAUAGCUGAGGAUGAGAGUGAUGACGAGUUUGAAGAAGACAAUAGUAUCUUGAGCCCGUCGAAACCGAGCCACAUUGAAUUUGGAAAGUCUACCGUGUCAGUGGAGGACCUGGUUAUUAGGGAUGGAUCCGGAUAUUUAUUCGGAUGUCAAAUUUUUGGUCUUCUUUCUUCGAUUAUGAACAAAUAACAUAUAGAAUUUGCUAUGUAAAUUUAUAUUCUUGUUUUUAGCAUUGAGGUUAUUAAUCUUCACAAAAAAUAAACAUUAAAUUCAUUCUAUAUAUUUUUAAAUAAUUGAUAUAAAAUUCGGAUGUCUAUUCGAAUACGGAUUCGGAUGUUUUUUCACCUUUUUUUGUUGUAGGGAGAAAAUAAUAUACAUAAAAAAAUAUAUAAAAAAUAUUUAAAUACUUCAUAAUAUUCUUAAUAACAUUGCCAAAAAUUAGCUUUAAAUUCUAUGUAUAUCUAUACUAAAGUAUUAGAUUUUUGAUACAAGUCAGAUGUUUUAGGAACAUCCCUACUGGUUAUGAUGAAGAAGCUGGGCUAUUUUUGGGAAGCUGAGAGUAAACUUAUUUGUUUUGCUGGCAAGGAGGUGAUUCCGGAGCCGAAGGAGGAUGAAGUUGUUGCCUUUAAAAGCUUCUUCAGAGCAGGGCUUCGGUUCCCUCUAUAUGAGAUAAUAGGAGAGGUUUUGAAGAAGUUUGAAAUAUACCUUCAUCAGCUAACGCCAAAUGUCAUUGUUAAGCUAAGUGUUUACAUAUGGGCUCUCCAAAGCCAAGGCAUGAGUGCUAAUGCCGAAGGUUUCUGCCGACUGCACGAGUUGCACUAUCAGACGAAGGCUAGGGCGGAUGGCCUUCACAAAAACUUUGGAUGCUAUAACAUCGCGUACCGAAAGGACACUAGAACCCCGGUAACCGGCUACCGCACCAAGUGGCCAACCGGGUGGACAAAUGAGUGGUUCUAUGUGAAGGCUGACGAGAAGAAGAGGGAGAAGUUGAUGACCAUGGUUAUGAGUCCUAUGCGAUUAAGCUUCAGAAUGACAAGGCCAUUGUGCCAUAUGCAACUCGGCUCCCCGUGCCAGCUGGCCGAGGUUGAAUUCAGAGUGGUGGCUGCCGAAAUCAGCACCAGGGAUUUAGUACAGGAAUACCUGGUAAACAUGACUUUUCCGACCUCUAGCGGUUGGGGGAUGCCGAAGAAGAAAGAAGGGGGAAAGAAAUAUGAACUUGUUCGGUUCCCCUACCGUUUUAAAUUUGAGAAGCAAUUCAAGAAAUCGUGCACUGAAUGGCUAGAGAUGAUCGAAACUAUGUGCAACGAGAUUCUUGGCAAUUACACAAAGAAAGAGGAUCAACUAAUGACUGUUGCCUUCGGCACCCGACCGAAACGAAGGCUAAAUCGAGUAAUGGAUGUACUGAACUUUGAAUAUCCAGAUUAUGAGAGACUUGACAAAGGGGCCGAGGGAGCAAAGAGAAAAAGAGUUGUCAGCAUUCUGAGUAGAGAAACUGCCCGGUCCGUGAAAGCAGACGAAAAGGCUCUGAAGAAGGCGAAAGUGGCACCGAAGCCGAAGGCGCAAGCCCCUAAGAAAAGAAAACUUGAUGAGAUACCUUCUGGCCAACUGAAGGUAGAUGAAGCACCGAAGGAGACCUUAAACCCUUCGUCGCCCACUGCUGUCGAGGUGGCGGAAAUUCUGAAGGUAAUGACUGAAUCCUCACCAUUCAAGCUGAUAAGUCCUCUGAGAUCGGAGCUGACCAACCUUUUACAGAAGAUGAAGGUGCCUUCGGCUGCGGAGGAGAAGGUUGGAGGGCAAAAGAAACAGCGGAUUAUGAACGUAAUGCAAGCUAUUAAGCAAACGUUGCCUUCAGUUUCGGCGGUGAAAGCAACAAUUCCGGUGGAUACUGAAGAUGCUGGCGGAGCCGAAGCUGAAGAACUCGCAGCCACAAUGUCAGAAAUUGACAAACUUAUAUCAGAUGUGGUUGCGGAGAAGACAGGUGUGGUUGCGGAGGGAGGCAUGGCCGCAGUGCCUGAUAAAGGGAAGAAAAUUGAUGAUACUCCUUUAGAAGAGAAAGAUUUUGACCUUCGACACCUAGGUGGCCAGGAACUUUCUGUGGAAGAUAAAUUAGAGUUGAAAGAGUUCGCUAUGUCUUGCGGCUACCAACCGGGGUCCAUGCUCUUAGGUGGGGUCGAUGAAGAAAUCUUAGGAUGCAUUCGCGACCGCGCCGGGGCGAAGAUUGUAGGCACUUUAUCCAAGAGCGUUGGAUUCCCGAAGUUGGAGUCUGACAUUAGCUGUUACAGAUGACAACAUAUUGUCGGUAGCUUGUUUUAUUCCGAUUUCAAGGUGAGGCUUUUCUCUAAACUCUCUCUUUUUUUAUAUUACCUUCGUAAUGGUUUGAGUAUUCUAAAUUUAACUUGUUUUGCAGGGUAUGUUAUUAAGCAAGGCGUUGAAAAUGCAGCAGGAUAUUAAAGACAAAAGAAACGAAAUUAUUAUUGAAGGCUUAGAAGAUAAGAUUAAGAAACUUGAAGAUUCUUUAAAAGAAAAAGACAACCUGCUGCAAUCAGCCGAAGGUUCUCUCGUAGAAGCAAGGUCUCAGAAUGAUAAGCUGAGCGAAGAGCUAAUCGAAGCUCGAGCAACCUUGAAUGAAAGGUCAGAGCGCUUCGACCAUGAAACGAAGGAACUCAAAGCAAAGGUCGAAGCCGAAGCUGAAAGGAAGGCGAAGCUAAGUGAAACUAUUAAGAAUCUUCGGGACAAAUGCUCCGACUUUGCCGCCCAAUGCAUUAAUCGAUUGAAGGAGAUAUUUAAUUCAGUCGGAGCCACUUCUGAAGAAGUCACCCCUUCUACCGAAGACAUCCCUAGGGCCUUCGAUCAUAUUGAAAAUGAAGUUGAAGCCCUUGAUGAAGUUAUAACUGGGCACAACUAUUUCUGUGCCCUGGUGGCUUCACACGGCACAGCUGAAGCAUUUAUGAAGGCCGGGUGCAAUCACACGAGGGCCGUCAACAAGACAAAUUUCAAUCUUUCAUCAUUAGACUUGGUUGACGUUCCAACUGAGGCUCGAAGCAUAGGAAAUAGAUUUAUUACCCAAAUUUGGGCAAAGGGCGGGCGUGAAUUGGCCGGGGAUGAAGCACGAAAACUGCUUAACUCAGAUGAUGGCGCCGAAGGUCGCUAAGCCGAAGCUUGUGCCGAAGUACCAAAGACUCUAGAAUCUCCUUUUGUACUUAUCUAUAGAAAGACUUAGGAACUCUCUGUAUCAUAUGGCUAAGAAUUGUAAUUGAUAAUUGGAAAAAAUGUUGUACAUAUUUAUUAAUACCUUGUAAUACCAUUUUACCUUUCGCU